GCAUAUUCAUUGUAUUGCCCAUAUUAUCAAUAUUGCUUUACAAGACUUUUUACAAUAUCUGCAUUCUGAAGCACCAGAUCAAGAAGGCGAUGAACUUAUUAAUUUGAACCAAACCAAUAUUCCUAAUAUCUCUCAAACCCCAACAAUUAAAAAACUUCGAAAACUUAUUUCUAAACUUCGAUCUUCACUACAAUGUCGACAAAAAUUAAAAGAAUUGUGUAAAUCUCUUGGCAUACAAUAUAAGAGUCCACUUCUUGAUUCAAAAACUCAAUGGAAUUCAACUCUUAAUAUGAUUGAGCGAGCUAUUGUUAUGGCAUCAGCAAUUAAUAGAAUAGUUAACGAAGUCUUUGAGUUAAAUACAUUUGGUCUUUUGCCAGGAAAAUGGAAUAUACUAAAAGAAAUUUUAUUAUCUUUAAAAGGUUUUCGCAAUAUAUCUGAGAUAAUGUGUAGUGAGUUCUAUGUGACAAUGCCUCUUGCCAUUUCAACAUUUAAUUUAAUUAUGGAUGACCUUAAGGAAAUACAAGAAAAAGGGUUGUCUUUAAUAAUUAAUGAAGCUAUUAAAGUCGUAUAUACAAAAUUAAAGUUUUAUUAUGCCAGAAGUGACAGUCCUGAUGAGGAAUGGAUUAGUGUCGCAACUGAAUAUCUAAACGAGGUAUAUAAUAGAUAUAAAAAUACAAUACCAGUAGUAGAUUUGGAAAUUAAUGACAUCUCUAGUACUAGUAGUCAGCUUAAUCAUGUUUUCAGGAAGCUUCAUCUUACAAACACAAAUAAAAUUAGCUUAUAUUUAGAAAGUCCUGUGAUGGAUCCUGACAUAAAUGUAUAUCAGUGGUAG